AUGGGAAAUUGUUUGCGGCGUCAAUCAUCGGCACAAUGGGCCGGCGAUGAUUGGGGAACAUCGGCGAGGGACGACGAUGACGAAACAGGACGUGACACGUGUGAAUAUGAGGGUAUGAUGGACAUAGAAGAAAAGGGUCUUAUUGGAAAUCAUCAAAAAAUUGGUUUUACAACAUCUUCAUCUCCUACUACUACUCAUGAAGUGAAAGUGAAGAUAACAAAGAAGCAGCUGGAGGAGUUAUUAGGUAGGGUUGUUGUAAAAGAGUUAUCAGUGCAACAGGUUUUGGCACAGUUGAUCACUGUUAGUAAUCAAUAUGAAACAAACCAACGGUCCUGGAGGCCUGCACUGCAAAGCAUUCCUGAGAUUGUAAGUCACUAUGCUGAUUUUCAAGUUGGCUUUCAAACAUUUCUUACUCAUUUAACCACCAAAGAUUGUGACAAUGACAUCACAGGAACAAAAAUGAAGGUUUGA